UUUCCUCGAGCUUCAACCGAGUCCCUUUGAUUCCUUUCUUCUUUUGGCAAAAAAUCGCAGGACUUUUUUCUAGGGUUUUAUCGAAACUAGAAACCCUAGGGUUUGCUGCUCAUCUCUCUAAAAUGUGAGCCCUUUUUCCUCAUUUUAGGCUUCGUUCUUCAUCUCUUUUGUCGAUCUAGGGUUUAGGGGUUUUGUCCGCACAAUGUCGUGGGCUGAUGCCGUCGCAUCUCCGAUCAUCGAAGCCUCUGAACGCCUCCGCUCCUGAGUUUAACCCAUCGGUUCCAGCUCUCCCCUCGAACCGAAACCCUAACCCUGGCUUUUCUCGGCCGGUCCGUUUCCGAUCGGAGCGGGACCGGGGGGCUCGGUUCCGUGACCCAAACCCUAACCAUUUUGAUGUUGCUGAUAAGUUUAACGAGUUGGGGAUCGCUGAGGGGGGGAUCAGCGGCGACGGGGGGAUCAAUUUUGAUGCUUAUGAUGACAUUCCGGUGGAGACAAGUGGGCAGGAUGUGCCGCCACCGGCGAGUAGCUUUGCUGAGAUCGAUCUUGGCGAGGCGCUGAAUCGAAACAUUGCAAUGUGCAAGUAUGUGAAACCGACGCCGGUGCAGAGGCAUGCGAUUCCAAUAUCCAUGGCCGGGAGGGAUCUGAUGGCCUGUGCACAGACGGGCUCAGGGAAGACGGCGGCGUUUUGUUUUCCGAUUAUCUCUGGGAUAAUGAAGGAAGGGGUGUCGCAGCAACGGGGGUAUCGAGGGCCUCACACGGCGUUUCCGUUGGCGCUUAUAUUGUCGCCAACAAGGGAGUUGUCUUCACAGAUUCAUGAGGAGGCAAAGAAGUUCUCGUAUCAGACUGGGGUUAAGGUGGUUGUGGCUUAUGGAGGUGCUCCUAUCACUGUGCAGUUACGUGAGUUAGAGAGAGGCGUUGAUAUUCUAGUUGCUACACCUGGACGCUUAGUUGAUCUGAUUGAAAGAGCAAGGGUCUCACUUCGCAAUAUCAAAUACUUGGCUUUAGAUGAAGCUGAUAGGAUGCUGGAUAUGGGUUUCGAGCCUCAGAUCCGCAAGAUUGUUGAGCAAAUGGACAUGCCACCUCCCGGCAUAAGGCAGACAAUGCUUUUUAGCGCGACAUUUCCAAAUGAGAUUCAGCGGUUAGCUUCAGACUUUUUGUCGAAUUAUAUAUUUCUGGCUGUUGGAAGGGUUGGGUCUAGCACAGAUUUAAUCACCCAAAGAGUUGAAUAUGUUCCAGAUAUGGAUAAGAGAAGCCACCUGAUGGAUCUUCUCCAUGUCCAAAAAGUUAAUGGAUCUACAGACAAGCAAUCUUUAACCUUGGUUUUUGUGGAAACAAAACGAGGUGCGGAUUCUUUAGAAUAUUGGUUAUCUUCUAAUGGCUUCCCUGCAACAGCUAUACAUGGAGAUCGUACUCAGCCUGAGCGUGAGAAAGCUUUAAAUUCCUUCAAGCGAGGUUGGACUCCAAUCAUGGUAGCUACAGAUGUGGCUGCUCGUGGUCUCGACAUCCCUCACGUGGCUCACGUGAUCAACUUUGAUCUCCCUAAAGACAUAGAUGACUACGUGCAUCGAAUUGGCAGAACAGGCCGAGCUGGCAAAUCCGGCUUAGCUACAGCAUUCUUCAACGAUGGAAACCAAUCACUGGCCAAGUCUCUAGCUGAGCUCAUGCAGGAAGCAAACCAAGAAGUCCCAGAUUGGCUUGUAAAAUAUGCUGAAAGAUCAUCUUAUUCAAGUGGGAGAAAUCGUAGGUCUGGUGGCGGUAGCAGAUUCGGUGGCCAUGAUUAUCGAAAGGACUCUUAUUCGAGGAGAGGGAGUUAUAGUUCUCACUCUUACGGAGGUAGUGAUGGUGGUCACAGCUCGGGGGUUGUUGGAGGGUCUUAUUAUACUACGGGUUAUGAUUAUAAUGGACCGAUCAUUGCAUCAGGGUGGGAUUGAAGAUUUUAGGAGCUUACUUUUGCUGACAGUACAUAGCUGUUAUUAUUAUAUAAUAUAAAUGCCUCAUAUAUUGGUUUUGGACACAAAGAUAUGGCUUACUGAAUGGGUGGAGGUGUAGCCUUGUAGUUAAGUUUAGGUCUUGCAGUGCUUUGUUCUCUUUUUGUGGAUAAGCCUCCUUCUGAUUUGGAUUUGGAAACUCAGUGUUAGAUCAGACAUGGUUGAUUUCUUGCUAAUUAUGACUUCAAUUAAGGUAUUAUUGAAUGCCACUGUUUGCUCAAGUUUUUUUUCUCUA